UAUUUGGCCACAGACUUCAUUCCUGAGACAAAACACCAAAGUCCAAAAAUCAAAAUUCAUUAUUUGGCUAACAUGUCCAAUCAGAAUUUACUAACUCAUCCUAGUGCAGACGCCCCCUUUUCUUCUUAAAAUCCCACUCCUGCAAAAAUCCACUUGCUUCAUUGCUGCUGCUAUUACUGCUUCUUUCUUUCUGCCUUUACAGGCCCUACACCCCACUUGCCCCUCCAAGGUAAUAAAUGUCCUUUAUGCUGAGAAUUUCUUCUCUGGGUGUGUCCUGUUCUGAUUUCAAGGCCAGGUGUCCUGCCUUACAAGAGUCAUGGAAGGCUUCCUUCUCUCUGGGCUCUUCCUUUCCUGUACUCCUUCCUUCCCAGUGGAGCCAUCCAGACACAGCUGGACAGAGUUGCCAGCUGCCUCUGCCCUGUCCUCCUUGCAUGGCUGAUAAACAGCUUGAGCCCUCUACUCCAGGUCUGCAAGGAAAGCAACAUCAUCUCCAACAUCAUGGCUGACUUUGUCAGUAGAAGCGAGCGCUUGCGAGUUCUGUCUUCAUGGUUUAUUGUGUAACAUUGAGGCAGCCACUCCCCUGUGUGGCUUUUGCUGACUUGAGAGUCAUUUCCUCUUAGACACACAGUUGUAGAAGUUGACCUUGGGCAAGACAUCAGACCUCUGAACCUUGGUUUCCUUGUUGGUAAUCAGGAGGUGACAAAGCACCUUACUUACGCCUAAGGCACGGCUGUAAGUGUGUCUCAGGUAGCUAGUCAUUACUUAGGCACUAUUUUUCUUACUUAUCUCUUUAACUUGCAGUGCUAAAUAUGGAGCCCAGAUCCUUGUGCACGUUGAGCCAGCGCUCUCCCCCUGAGCUCCAAGCUUGGCCAGAGGUUUCUAUUCUAAUCUGUUGAGUGACUUCCUCAGCAGCCCAGGCUGGGUCACUGUCUACUCCUGAGGAGGCCUAUAAUCUCCUGCCAGAACAAGGUGUUGUGGUCGGUUCUCCUGCAGGGAUGGAAUUUCUCUUCCCACAAAGGGAUGGGCAAGAUCACCUUUGAAGAGGUGACCUUGACAUCGCUGGAUCUCAUUUCUUCUUUCGUCUAACGAGAUGUUAACCUCUGUUUGGCCCCUUCGUGGGGCUGUGUGGGUUUAAGUACAUCUAAAUAUGGCCCGUGCUUGUCUCUCUGGGUGGUGGCUACUUUCUGUGUUCACUGACAUCCCUCUGUCAGCACGGAAGGGUGUAGGUCCAGCAACAUGUAAUGGUUGGGGGACUGUGAACUGAGCCUUAAUGUUGGGCUGUAACUGUUCUCAUACAAACAGCUGAUGGCCCACCAUGUACCCCAGGCUGGGGCUCCACCAUCUGACAACAGGAAGCAGAGGCUGGCUAAAACCAAGACAUUUAUUUGUUAGAGGUGAACCAGGUAGGGAUGGGAAAGCUAAGAGUCACACAUAAGUAAUCAGUGCAAAAUAAUAAUUCCCUCCCUACUCUUUCCUGUCAAGAACUUUCUAGAUUCCCCACUUGAUUCUGGGAGGGAGGAGGAUAGAGGGUCACAGGAAUUCGAGACCCAAAGAAGGGAACUAACAGAAGGGCUUCUUAAGGGUUUCGGGCGCAAACCACAUCUGUUCUAAUUUCUGGUCUUCUAUUCUUAUGAAGGAAUGGGAAGGUGCUACCUUUGUGGCCCUCAGGACAGAUGCCAGAGCCAAAACUCAAGAGAAUCAUCUAGGGCAGUGUUUCUCAAUCUAUGGGUCACAAUCUCUUGGGAGUCCAGUGAUUUUUAUUAUGAUUCAUAAUAGUAGCAAAAUUAUAGUUUCGAAGUAGCAACGGAAAUAAUUUUGUGGUUGGGGGUCUGCACAACAUGAGGCUGCAGUAUUAAAGGGUUCCACCAUUAGGAAGGUUGAGAACCACUGGUCUAAGGCGAUGUGGCCAGCACUUAAGAGGAGAAUUUGAGCCUGAGGUUUUGGGGUCACGGGUGUGCUCCUGAGCCUACACUUCAAUGCUAGUGCGUUGUCCUCGUCUCCUCCAUUUCUCCCCCAGAGCAUUCUGGGAGAGUUGCUUCACUGUGGGAUGUCCUGGAAACCAUCCUCCUGAGGAGGAGCCUGGCCUCCUGUUCUGGGACAAGGACAAGAGGCAGGGCAGGCUGUAGAACUUGGAACAGAGACAGGAACUUUCCAGGGCUGAGUCUGGCUCUUCUGCCAACCUCUUUCCAUCCUCCCUGUCUCUGCGCCCAGCGUUCUUCUGUAGCCUAGGCAACCCUUGAUCCCUCUGGCAGAGACACAUCUGGAGACCGUGCCUUUCCAGGUCAGGUCUCAGGUGACAGCGGCUGUCGCGCACUGGAAGUCGGCAGUCAGGACCCUGGACCCAACUCCACUAAGUUUUGCUCAGCGGCUCCUCCUGCCUCCAUCCAAUAUGUCCUCCGGGAAGUGUAGAAAGAAGGGUUGUGCGGGUCCGACGGCGCUCCGGCCCCACCCACCGCCUCGCAGAUGCCCACCUUACCCUGUCUUGGUAGUAGGCAGAGAGGCAAGUCCUGCUGCGAGCUCCAAGCCGAGGCGGGUUCCGGGCACCCUUCUUGGGCGCCCUGGGGCUGGCACUUUGAAUCCACGUGAUUUCUCGGCAGCGGCAGCAGGUUCUAUGAAUUGGCGAACAGCGCUCUGUGGCCACUUUCAGUUUCGCACAGAGCGCGGUGGAGCCAGAGCUAAGCCCGUGAAUUCCCUGCUCAGGAAUCUGACCUAGAGUACUUUGUGGAUGAUGGCCUUGAGAUUCCAAGAGGCUGAGUAACACAUGAAGUCUCACAGCGGGCACCCAGCAGGCAGGAGUCCAGGUCAUGUCACCACUGCUGAUUCAUAUUUGCUCUCCCAAUAUUACCAAACCGGACUGCUGGUACAUUCAUAAAGAGUUUGCAAGUGGAUCGAGCUGCCACCCCUGUGAACUGAACUGCUGAUUUCCUGACAACACAGAUGAGAUUUGCUCCAAAGAACCAUUUCUAAACAGGACCUGAACUACAGAAACAUCCUAUAAACUAAGGGUCAGAAGACAAGGAACAGACACCCAGGAGACCCCGUAUAUGGGUAUACCAGGCCAUCUAUCAUGAUCCAAGAAGCCAGGGCCAGCUUCUGAUGGACGCCGAGAGCUAUCGGCUGGGCAAUGAGAACCUAUGGGCCUGGCUGGUGGAGCUGCUGAGCAAAAAACCAGAAUGGCUGAGUGCCAAGGUCAGGUUCUUCCUCCCUACCCUGGACCCGGACUGCAGCAAUGAGGCCCCCAUCUCUGAGGUCACUCACCAUCAGCUCAACAGGCUGUUUGCCCAAGGCCCGGCCACCUGGGAGUCUUUCAUCUACACUCUGUGCAUCGAGCUUGAAGUGCCUCUAAGCUUGGAGGUACCACUGCUGAGCAUCUGGGGCCAAAAGGAUGAAUUCUCUAAGCAGCUAGGAGCGUGUGAGGAGAGCCAUCCUGGACCUGAGCUGCACCAUGGUGUCAAGCGUCCUUUUCAGAGCUACGGGUCCUCACCCCGCAGGAAGCACAGCAGGAAGCAGCAGCUCGAGUUGGUCAAGAAGUACCUGAAGCUCCUGAGGACCUCUGCCCAACAGUGCCAUGGCGGCCAAUGCCCAGGAGCAUGGAAUGCUCGUGACUCCCCACAGACCUACAUCCCCCCAAUUGUUCAGUGGAGUGGGACUUCAGCACCCUUGGAUGCUCAAGAGGGAGCCAGGAUAGGAGGAGACCCUGAAGCAGCAGACAGCACCGAUGUGAGCAUCCAUGAUCUCUUCAACUUCAAGGCCCACAAGGGACCUCGAGUGACAGUAGUUCUGGGAAAGGCCGGGAUGGGUAAGACCACCCUGGCACAUCGGCUCCACUGGAGGUGGGCUCACGGUCAGCUGGACCGCUUCCAGGCCGUGUUCCUUUUGGAGUUCCGCCAGCUCAACAUGAUCACACAGUUGCUGACACUGCCCCAGCUCCUCUUUGAUCUGUACUUGAGUCCAGAGUCAGACGAUGCGGAUGCCGUUUGGCAGUACCUGGAAGAGAAUGCCCACCAAAUCCUACUGAUCUUUGACGGGUUGGAUGAGGCUCUCCACACUGAUUCCGUGGGUACUGACAAUGCGGGCUCGGCCCUCACCCUCUUUUCUGAGCUCUGCCACGGGGACCUCCUACCAGGCUGCUGGGUGAUGACUACCUCUCGUCCUGGGAAACUGCCUUCCUGCGUGCCCACAGAGGCAGCCAUGGUGUACAUGUGGGGCUUUGAUGGGCUGCGGGUGGAGAAGUAUGUCACCCACUUCUUCAGUGACCUUCUCUCUCAGGAACUGGCCUUGAAAGAAAUGAGAGCCAAUGAACGCCUCCGGGGUAUGUGUGCAAUACCCGCGUUGUGCAGAGUCGCCUGCUUCUGCCUUCGCUGCAGUCUGCUUUCUGGAAGUUCCCCAGGGCAGUCCUCAGCCCUCCUGCCCACCAUAACCCAGUUGUACCUGCAGAUGGUGAAAACUUUUAGCUCCAGUGGGACUCUGUCAGCCACAUCCUUGUUGGGCCUUGGAAACGUGGCCCUUAGGGGACUGGUCACUGGGAAGGUCAUCUUCUCUGUGGAAGACAUCCCUCCCCAACUGAUGGCCUUGGGAGCUGUCCACAGCCUCCUGACCUCCUUCUGUAUCCGUACGCGCUCUGGGCAUAAAGAAAUAGGCUAUGCUUUUGUACACCUCAACCUGCAGGAGUUCUUUGCCGCUCUGUAUCUGAUGGCCAGUGACACAGUGGACAAAGACACACUCAUCAACUAUGUCACCCUCAAUUCCCACUGGGUGCUGAGGACCAAAGCUAAACCAGGCCUCUCAGACCAUCUCCCCACCUUCCUGGCAGGCCUGGCCUCCCACACCUGCCACACAUUCCUUUGUCACCUGGCUCAGCAAGACGAAGCCUGGGUGGGCUCCAGGCAGGCCACUGUCAUCCAGGUGCUAAGGAAGUUGGCCAGCCGAAAGCUCACAGGGCCAAAGAUGGUAGAAUUGUAUCACUAUGUGGCUGAGACCCAGGAUCUGGAGCUGGCGAGGUUCGUUGCUCAAAGCCUUCCUUUCGAUCUCUCCUUCCACAAUUUCCCUCUGACCCGUGCAGACCUGGCUAGCCUGGCCAACAUUUUGGAGCACAGGGAUGGCCCCAUUCACCUGGAUUUUGAUGGCUGCCCACUGGAGCCCCACUGCCCAGAGGCUCUGGUUGGAUGUGGGCAGGUGGAGAAUCUCAGCUUUAAAAGCAGAAAAUGUGGGGAUGCCUUUGCAGAAGCCCUGUGCAGGAGCUUGCCUACUAUGGGGAGCCUGAAGAUGCUGGGGUUAACAGGAAGUAAGAUUACAGCCCAAGGCAUCAGCCACCUGAUACAGGCUUUGCCCCUCUGUUCCCAGCUGGAGGAGGUCAGUUUGCAUGACAACCAGCUCAAGGACCCAGAGGUGCUGAGUCUUGUGGACUUGAUCCCUUGCCUGCGGAAGCUCCAGAAGCUUGACCUGAGCCAAAACAGCUUCUGCAUGUCAACCCUUCUGUCCUCGGUGAAGGCGGCCAUCACAUGCCCCACUGUCAGGAAGCUGCAGGUCAGGGAAUCAGAACUCAUCUUUUUUCUGUCCCCGGUCCCAGAGACAGCAACACAGCAGUCAGGAGCAUCAGACGCACAGGGCGAAGAUAGCCCGAAGGAAGGACAGAGUCGAAACCUGCAACUCAGGCUUCAGAAAUGUCAGCUGAGAGUCCAUGAUGCAAAAGCCCUUGUGGAGCUCUUCCAGAAAGGCCCCCGGCUGGAGGAAGUAGAUCUUUCAGGGAACCAUCUGAAGGAUGAAGGCUGUCGACUGGUGACAAAGGCUGUUUCACAACUUCACAUUGCCCAGAAACUGGACCUCAGCGACAAUGGCCUCUCUCAGACUGGGGUGACCUAUCUGUUGAAGGCCGUGAGCACGUGUGGGACCCUGGAAGAGCUGCACAUCAGCCUGCUAACCAACACCGUGGUACUCACAUUUGCCCAGGAGCUGAGGGAUCAGGAGGGGAGCUUCAAGAGGGGGGCACAACUUACCGGCUUCAUGUCUCCUGUGACCUCUGAGUUGUCCCAGAGAUCUCGAAGGAUAAGGCUGACACACUGUGGCUUCCUGGCCGAGCACACAGAGAAGCUCUGUGAGGCAUUGAGAGUCAGCUGCCAGAGCCACCCCCUGGAUCAUCUCGACCUGUCAGACAACUUUUUGAAGGACAAAGGAGUGAUCCUACUAACCCAGCUCCUCCCAAGACUGGGUCCCCUGAAGUCCUUGAACCUCAGCAGGAAUGACUUCUCCAUGGAUGCCGUGUUUAGCUUGGUCCUGUGCAUGUCUUCCCUGCAGUGGCUGUUCCACCUAGAAGUCAGCCUUGAGAGUGACUGCAUCUUCCUUCGAGGAGCUGGGACCAGCAGGGAUGCACUAGCUGGUGGACCAGAAUUCCCAGCUGGAGCCCAGUUACUGGAGUUAAGUCAGCGGUGUACCUCCAGGAGUUUCUGCCUUCAGGAGUGUCAGCUGGAAUCCCUGAACCUUGCCUACCUCUGUGACGCUCUGGAGAAGUGCCCUGGGCCUCUGGAAAUCCAAUUGUCCUGCAAGUCCCUGAACGAUGACAGCCUGAAGACCCUGCUGCAGCGCCUGCCCCAGAUACCUCAGCUCAGCCAGCUGCGGCUGACACACACAGUCCUGUCUUCAAGAAGUCCCUUCCUGCUGGCUGACAUCUUCAACCUGUGCCCAUGGGUUCAGAAGGUCAAUCUCAGGUCCCUAAGCCAUGCUGUUCUGCACUUUAACUCCAAUGAGGAACAUGAGGCUGUGUGCUGUGGGUUCCCAGGAUGCAGCCUCAAACAGGAGCAUAUGGAAACACUAUGUUGUGCACUGAGCAAGUGCAAAGCCAUCAGCCAGCUUGACCUCACAGACAACCUGCUGGAUGACAGUGGGCUCAGGUGCCUUCUGGGGUACCUGCCACAGCUGCCUAUCUCUGGGUGGCUUGACCUCAGUCACAACAGUAUCUCUCAGGAAGGGGUCCUGUAUCUGCUGGAGACUCUGCCUUCCUACCCUCAUAUCCAAGAGGUCUCUGUGAGUCUGGGCACUAAGCAGAUCUUCCGAAUGCACUUCUCCAAAGAAGAAGGAACUGGAACAAUACUGAGGUUAUGUGAAUGCAGCUUCAGCACAGAACAAGUAUCCAGAUUGACUUCCAACCUGAGUCACCAACAGUUGACAGAGCUCUGGCUGACCAAGUGUGGCUUGGACCCGCCACAGCUGACCACGCUCCUGAACCUGGUGAAUCGGCCAGCAGGGUUGUUGGACCUCAGGUUGGAAGAGCCCUGGGUGGGCUAUGCCGGCUUACCAGCUCUAAUGGAAGUCUGUGCCCAGGCCUCAGGAUGUCUCACUGAGUUAAGCAUCUCUGAGAGCCAAGAGAAGCUGUGGCUCCAGCUGGAAUUUCCUCGCCAAGAAGAUCAUUCUGAGGCCAUGGCCCUCAGGUUGGCUCACUGUGACCUGGGCACCGACCACGGCCUUCUCAUGAGACAGUUGGUGGAGACGUGUGCCAGACUGCAGCAGCUGAGCUUGUCUCAGGUUAGCUUCAGUGACGAUGAUGGCACCAGAUCCAGGCUGCUGCAGAACAUCCUGAUAUCAAGCUGUGAGCUGAAGAGCUUCAGGCUGACCUUCAGCAACGUGAGCACAGAGAGCCCCGCCCACCUGGCAUCUGGUCUGGAACACUGCCACCAUCUGGAAGAGCUGGACUUCUCUAACAACAGCCUCUGUAAGGAGGACACAGAGCUACUGAUAGGAGCCCUUCAGAGAACCUGCAGACUGAAGAGGCUGCACCUCAGUCAUUUGCCACUGGAAACCUCCUCUCUGGACUUGCUUGUUCAAGGAUUAAGCAACAUGACCCUGCUGCAGGACCUUUGUUUGAAGCACAGCCAGAUUGGAGACAUGGGCACUCAGCACUUAGCUGCCAUCUUGCCAAGGCUGCCAGGUCUCAGGAAACUAGACCUCUCAGGGAACAGGAUUGGCCCGGCUGGGGGAAUGCAGCUGGUCAAGUCUCUCACCCAUUUCAAGAACUUGGAGGAGAUCAUACUGGGCAACAACACUCUGGGGGAUCCCACAGCCCUGGAGCUGGCUCAGAGAUUUCCCCCACAACUCAGGGUCCUGUGCCUGACAUCCAGCCAUCUGGGUCCAGAGGGGGCCCUGUGCCUGGCCCAGGCCCUGGAGCAAUGCCCACACAUAGAAGAGGUCAGCUUGGCAGAGAAUAACCUAGCUGGAGGUGUCCCACAUUUCUCCAAGAGGCUCCCACUGCUUAAACAAAUCAACCUGGUGUCCUGCAAGAUUGAAGACCAAGCUGCCAAGCACCUUGCCACCAACCUCACGCUCUGCCCAGCCCUGGAAAAACUCUUGCUGUCCUGGAAUCACCUUGGUGAUGAGAUGGCUGCUGAGUUGGCCCAGGUCCUGCCACAGAUGGGGCAGCUGAAGAGAGUAGACUUGGAGAAGAACCAGAUCACAGCAUGUGGAGCCCAACUCCUGGCUCAAGGGCUGGUCCAUGGAUCCUGCGUCCCAGUCAUCCGCCUCUGGAACAACCCUAUUCCUGCCUGUGUGGCCCAGAGUCUGCAGAGCCAGGAACCCAGGCUGGACUUCUCCUUCUUUGAGCAGCAGCCCCAGACUCUUUGAGGAACCUGAUGGACCUCUCAAGACAACCACGUCACCCACCAGGAGAGGGGGCUCAGAAGAACAUCAAUUGGGACAGCAUCCUAUGAAUGCCCCAGGAGAGAAGAGCACAUUUUUCCUGUCACAAUCCUUAGGAGGCACAUUCUUAGGGACUGAGAGCUUUGUAUGACCAAAAGAGGAUCAUAUAUCAUAUAUCAUACAUGACAUGUGUUACCAAAUGGGACAUGGACAUUAUGAGAGCACUAUGAUGUCAUAUAUACAGGAAAGGCUAUGUAUGGUGCACUCUGACCUCUCAACAUGGGAAGGUUAUACUCAAAAUAGGUCAAAUACAGUAUUACCUGGAACUUCUGGCAUGACACCUGGUCAGAACCCCUUAGCACUGUAAUUAGCAGUGCACAUGAUCAGGAAUCCACCUAUGACAUGAUGUCCAUAUCACAUGACACUCAGCUUGCCAGGGGACCACAGACAAGUCCAAGACCUAAUUUAUUACUAGUUAAAAAAAAAACAUGAAGUUAAGCUAAUGGUACAGGCUAUGCUACAUGAACAACCUUUUAGCUGUUCGGGAAGCUGAGGCAGAAGGAUUGUAUGUUCAAGGCUAGCCUGGGUAAUUUAGUAAGAUUCUGUCUCAAAAGGUCAGAAAGGGCUGGGGAUAUGGCCCCGUGUUAGAGUGCUUCCUAGCAUGUGUGAAGCCCUAACCUCAAUGCUCAUACCACUUUUAAAAAGUAUUUAGAAGCCAUUUCUGGAGGUCCUUUUGUCUUGUGCUAGGAGGGGGUUAAGUAUUGAGUGGCCCAAUGGUCAGGGGUCUGGGAUUCGCUAAGGACUCAGCAUGAAGUCCUCUCCUGCCAGAGCCUUAAUUCUCCUUUCUGCUAAUUGGGUUCUGAGGAAUUCCAGCCCGGGCUUAAGAGCUAACCUGACCUAGGGCAGUUCAUACUCACCUCUUCUUUCCCGGCUUAAGGGACAAAGUCAAGCCAAGGGUUUAGGGAUAGGCACUUCCAGAAGAGUAGACAAGGCUACUAGGUCUACCCUACCCACUACCUCAGCAGGAUUCAGAAACCACUUGAACCACGAUGUUUUGUUUUGUGACUUCCAAAAAGGGGGAGGAUAGGCUCACUACAUUCCGUGUCAAACAAUCAAUAAAGUGUAUCUGGUGUCUGAUAA